ACCGGCAACGCCACCACGGCGGCCCGGAUCCGGGAUCAUCUAGAGGCCGCAGGUCAUACAUGCAUUCUUAAAGAUGCUUUUCGUUAUGAAGGCCCAUCUGAAAUAGCAAAUUUAAUCUCUGCAGAGAAGUAUGAAGCAGCCCUGGCCAUUCAUCUUUAUAAAGGAGGCAGACUUCUGCAAGGUAGUAGCGUCCCAUUUGGAAUCAUCUUUGGUGGGACUGACAUAAAUGAAGAUAUCAAACAUGAAGAAAAACACCGGGUGAUGGGGACAGUGCUAGAAGAAGCUAGGUUUGCAGUGGCUUUCACAGAGAAAAUGAAGGAAAUGGCAGAGAGAGAGUGGCCUUAUGCUGGGAGCAAAAUAUGUGUCCAGACUCAAGGCAUUAUGACCACACCCAGUACAAUGUUUAACUGGAAAAGAUUUCUACAAAAUGCAGGAAUUCCUCAAGAUACAGACAAUUUAUGCCUCUUUAUUUUGAUAUGCGGACUUAGAAGAAUCAAAGAUCCUCUUUAUUUAGUAGAUGUAUUUUCAGAGUGGCACAGAAAGGAGCCCAAUGUCCACCUGGCUAUAAUUGGACCUACAGUUGACCCACUCUUUGUAAGCGAAGUCAAAGAAAAGAUUAAAAGGUCACCUGGGGUGCAUUUAUUACAGGAGAUACCUCAAGAUGAUCUGCAUGCUGCUGUGAAAAGAUGCUUUGCCGUAGUGAACAGCUCCAUUUCGGAGGGGAUGUCUGCUGCAGUCCUGGAGGCAAUGGAUUUAGACGUUCCAGUGCUGGCAAGGAAUAUUCCUGGAAACGCAGCCAUCAUAAAACAUAAAGACACAGGACUGUUGUUUGCAGAUCCCCAGGAGUUUGUCCUCCUGUCAAAAAGUCUGAUGAACAACCCCACUUUGGAAAAAAAGAUUGUAACCAGGGCAAAAGACUAUGUGAAGAAACAUCAUUCAUGGGAAUGUGAAAGAAAGACCUAUCAAAGCCUCAUCCUGAGACUCCAGUGAAUCAUCAGAUAUCAAAUGUAGACAUUUGUUCUGUGUCAAAUACUUCAAUGGAUGAAAGUAGAGUCACAUUUUUUUAAAAGAAAAAAACAAAACCCUUUGUGGACAGAGUUUGCCACUCAAACACACCCACGUCACAACAUGGGAAUUGCCAGGUUGCAUCACACCAACAGUCCCGACAAUUUGCCAUCCUACUUCUAGGUGGCAGUAGUAAAUAAGGGAAAGAUUUAAUUUUGUCAGAUCAUAAAGGGAAAAAUAAUUCCCUUUUCACAGGGGAGAGUUUCACCCAUAUUGGACUCAUGCAAACUCAGUUACUGCUAUAGCCUAACAAAGCAAAGGUAGAUUAAUUCAGUUGGAGAGUACAUACUAAUCCAAAUGCAUUCAAAUGCAUGUCAAUGAUGUAUGUACAAAUGUUGGAAGAAUUGUUGCUGUCGUCUUUCGACUGGCCAAACAUAUAGAUCCACUAAGCAUACGUUAACCAGGCUGACCUGGUAUAAGAUCAUAAAUGGAGAUCUUUUCAGGAAGAGUUAAUCAUAUUACUGCCACAUUAGUAUUUCAUAGACAUGCCUGUCCGUGGGCUGAUGAAGACACCAGAUGUUGAUGCGAUGGAAUGACUCUUUGGUGUUCGUAUAUUCUGUUCAUAAAAGCUACCUCCAAGAUACUGAAUAAGAGUACCUCAAUAGCUCAUAUACUUACUUAAAGAUGUGCGUAGGCUGUAAACAGGACAAAAAAAGGUAAUUUAUAUUUGGUACGUAAUUUGGUGCAAUUUUGUCAUCUGUGAAUCUCAGACAUGACUGUAAACAUAAUGUAACAACAGAUUGUAUUUUAUGAAGGGCUAUUUAUGCUCACAUGAAACUCCCACUGAUCGCUAUUGAUUGCUUAACGGCUAAGAAAUAUCCUUGUUUUCCACAACAGGCCUACUCCAGCCUCUGUCAAAGGCAGAGGGAGUUUUUUAAUUGACUUCAAGGGGCUCCAGAUCAGGUCUGACUUUUAUCAGCGACUCUUACUAUGAAUAUCGGCUUGCCUUUUUACCUCUUGGAUAUGUCAUAAAUGUUUUGUUGGCGAUUCUGAAGAAGAAAGUCUUUUUGAUAGCCUCCAUCCCUCUCUCCGAAAUCUUUUGUAAUUUCCUAUUGUAAAAUAUUCUGGGUGAUUUGAUUCAUUUGGUACUGUCCUAAAACCAUGUGAUGUAUUAUAGACCAAAAAUUGCUCUCCAGUAUUGGAGUGAUUUUAAAUCAGAGCUACCACACUUGCUCUCUUGGAGAGUUUGGGUAUAAAAACAUGCAUUAAGCAGUUUUCCCUGAGCCAGCUGUUGAGACAAGAUUACAUUUGUGUUCUCGGCAUCAGAUUUACCCAAGGAAGCUUGUCUGCCCAUGUCCUUAGACCAGCACAGCUACAACCAUGAGCAAUCAGCAGCGGUCAUUUAAUAGCUCUUUAAUCUAUCAGUGAAACCAUGGUUAGACUAGAUGUGAGCCCAAAUAUCCUUUGGGUACCACUAUCUACUGCUGGUCAGAUGACAGCUCAUCAGGCCACAGUCUCCUUUGUAGGCCCUCUCCUGUUGCAACCACAGGAAGUGACCUUUUAAAGGAGAAAUUUAGGAAGAAACUUCUAGGGCAGUGGUUUUCCAGCUUUUUUUAUUUAUUUGUGGACCCCCAAAAAUAUCAAAUAGAGGUGCAGACCCCUUUGAAUUGUAAGUGUGGGUAUUCACAUAUUUUUGAUUGAUCAUAGUCAUCUUUUGUGGACCCCCCAGGGGUCCACAGACCACAGGUUGAAAACCACUGCUCUUGGGAUUCAAGGCACAAGGCAGAUUUGUACCUAACGUACAUGGUUAUGAGCCCACUGAAGUGCAAGGAGGUAUUACUCUUCACGCCCGCUGAGACUCUGCCAGGGACUUUUGCUUUACUGAGAACCACUUGUUAAAGGAUUUUUCUACCUGUAUUUCUUUGAUCUGCCACCGGGAUUAUUUUGACUUAUUUUAUGUCCUUUCCCCCACCCCAAAACAGAAAUUGUCUUCUGAUAAAUAUUCAGAAGCAUAGUCAUUACAAACAAAUAAAUGGAUCCUAUGUGGGAUGGAGC